AUGGCUCCUGCUGCUGCCCCUGCCGCUGCCGCUGGCGGAGGCGGACGCAAUUCGUACAUGUCGCUCGCGACGCCCAACGACGUCAAGAAUUACACGAACGACGUGGGUCAGAUUCAGUGGGCGCAAGUGCCGCUGAACGCUGCACUGGACAAGCUCAAGUCGUCCCGUGAAGGGCUGACGUCCCACGAAGCCGAGAAGCGCCUGGCCGAGUACGGGCCGAACAAGCUGCCGGAGGAGAAGGUGAACAAGUUUACGCUCUUCAUGGGCUUCAUGUGGAACCCGCUGUCGUGGGCCAUGGAAGUCGCCGCGGUGCUGUCGAUCGUGCUGCUCGACUACGCCGACUUUGCGCUCAUUAUGUUCCUACUGCUGCUGAACGCUGUCAUUGGGUUCUUGGAAGAGGUGCAGGCGGGCGAUGCCGUGUCCGCCCUCAUGGGCCAACUGGCGCCCGAGGCCAAAGUGUUCCGCGACGGCGAGAUCAAGAACAUCCCAGCAGACCUGCUCGUCCCUGGCGACGUGAUCCGCGUGCGUCUCGGUGACGUGAUCCCGGCUGACCUCAAGUUCCUCGAGGGCGACGCUGUCAAAGUGGACCAGUCGUCGCUCACGGGCGAGUCGCUGCCUGUGACGAAGAACGAAGGCGACGAGGGCUACUCUGGCUCAGUCGUGAAGCAAGGCGAGAUUGAGGCUGUGGUGACCAGCACGGGCAUCAACACGUUCCUGGGUCGCGCUGCUGAGAAGAUCGCGUCUGCGGACUCGCACGGCCGUCUUCAGAUGGUGCUGACGACUGUGGGCAACUUUUGCAUGGUGUCGAUCCUGUUUUGGUGUGUGGUGGAGCUGCUCGUGCAAAUGGCGGGCCGCUCGUCGCAGAACCCGUGCGUGAUCGUGACGGACGGCUGCCUGGGCGUCGCCAACAUCCUCGUACUGAUCGUUGGCGGUAUUCCGGUGGCCAUGCCGACUGUACUGUCGGUGACGCUCGCCAUUGGUUCAUCUGCUCUGGCCAAAGAGAACGCUAUCGUGACUCGUCUGACGUGCAUUGAAGAGAUGGCUUCGAUGGAGGUGCUCUGCUCGGACAAGACGGGCACGUUGACGCUGAACCAGCUGUCGGUGGACAUGGACAACCUGAUCCCGUACAACAACUUCUCGACCAAGGACAUCCUCAAGUACGGCGCUCUGUCGGCGCGUACGGAGAACAAUGAGGCCAUUGACGUUGUGUGCCACAACACGUACCCGGGCCACGCGACGAUGUGGAAAGAGUACACGCUGUUGCACUACACGCCGUUCGACCCCACGACGAAGCGCACGAUUGCCAAGCUGAAGGACAACAAGACGGGCGAGAUCUUCCGUGCCGUGAAGGGCGCCCCUCAGGUGGUGCUGGACAUGGACGUGAACGCAGACAUGCUUCGCACGGAGGUCGAAGAGCGCAUCGACGAGUUUGCUUCGCGCGGCUACCGUGGUCUCGGCGUGGGUAUCUCUCGCAGCGGCGACGUUCCAAUAGAGGAGUGCGAGUGGCAGAUGAUUGGUCUGCUGCCGCUGUUCGACCCGCCUCGUCACGACACGGCCGACACUGUGAAGAAGGCCAUUGCUCUGGGCAUUGCGGUGAAGAUGGUCACGGGUGAUCAGAAGGCCAUUGCCGUGGAGACUUGCCGUCAGCUGGGAAUGCCGACCAACAUCUUGGACACUUCUUUCUUCAACACUGCCCCGCCGCCUGGACUGAACCUGGCGCAGAUGAUUUACGACACGGACGGCUUUGCCCAGGUGUUCCCCGAGCACAAGUUUGAGAUCGUGAAGCACCUGCAGUCGCUCGACAAGGUGGUGGGUAUGACGGGUGACGGCGUGAACGACGCCCCAGCCCUGGCUCAGGCCGACAUUGGUAUUGCGGUGGACGACGCGACUGACGCCGCUCGUGCCGCCGCGGACAUUGUGCUCGUUUCUCCUGGUCUGAGUGUCAUUAUCACAGCCAUCCGCAUGAGUCGCGAGAUCUUCUUGCGCAUGAAGAACUACGCCAUGUACUCGAUCGCCAUGACGGUGCGUAUCGUGUUCACGUUCGGCAUCCUGACGGUAGCGUGGAACUGGUACUUCCCUCCGAUUCUCGUGGUGAUUCUGGCCAUCCUGAACGACGGCACGAUCCUGACGAUCUCGAAGGACAACGUGGUUGCGUCGCCGUACCCGGACUCGUGGAAGCUGAAAGAGGUCUUCAUCCAGUCGAUUACGUUCGGCCUGUGGCUGACCCUGUCGACCAUCGUGCUGUUCGCCGUUGUGAGCCACUCGUCUGGUUUCGAGAGUGCUGGCGUGGAAAAUUUGUGCGUGAGCUGCAUGAAGGACGAGUGCCACGACUUCUUCCAGGACCAGUACCAGCGAUGUGUGAUGGACAACAACGCGACUGGGUGUGGUGAGAUGACAGGCAGCGUGCCACAAGCCGCUAGCUUGCAUGAAGUGGGCGAGUUCCGCAGCGGCAUUGUUGACGCGUACUGGACGGAGUACCAGCGUCGAUACGAAUCGCGCUCGAAGCUGUUCGAGGACCUGUCGGAUGUGCACCUCAAUUCGCUGCCGAACGAUGUGAAGCCGUCGGCAGAGGUCGCGUACAACCAGUACGUGUAUGCGUAUACCCUGGGUUUUGGCGGCGCUGCCUAUGAGGGCGACUACAACGUGUUCACUGCCACUCAGUUGGGCCAUGGCGUGACCUUCAUCGGCAACGACGAGGUGCCCCUUACGAACGAGGUCAGUUUUUGCGACUACGUGUGGGGUUUCAGCAACUGGAACUCGACGUGGACGCGCAACAACGAGAUGAUCGGCCCCGGCAUCCAGCGCAAGGAAGGCGUGCUGCGGUCGCUGGUGUACCUGCAGGUAUCUAUCUCUGGCCAGGCUCUGAUCUUCGUGACGCGCACGGCCGGCAGCAACAACUGGUUCUUUGCCGAGAAGCCGUGCAACAUGCUGUUGAUUGCGUUCGUGUUCGCCCAGGUCGUUGCGUCGGUCGUGGGCUGGAUCGGUUUCGGCGGCUACCCGACGGACCGCAUUGCUGUGAUCGGCUGCGGCGGCAGCUACACGCUGAUUGCGUGGCUGUGGUCCAUCUUGUGGCAGUUCCCGCUCGACGUGAUCAAGUUUAUGGUGAAUUACAUAUUGACGAAGAAUGCGUACGCGAGCACGGCUUUCACCGAGCGCAUCAAUGCAGGCCACCCGACAAUGAAGCACUCGAUCGUGACGAACACGCAGCGUUCGAUCCGCGCUAGCCGCACCGUGUAA